AUGUCUAAGCGGUCCCAUCUGGGAAACAAAGAUGCCAAACAACGGGUACGUGAGUAUGGCACGGAGGACUUUUACGAAGACGGCGGUUUACUUUUCUGUCGGCCUUGCGCGAAAACUAUUGACCACCAACGCAAGUCUACGAUUGACGACCACAUCAGAAGCAGCAGCCACCGGAAAAAUGUCGGAAAAGCAAAAGUGGACCCAACGGCGUCUGGAUCGGGGCUGCAAAAACGGACCAGGCUGCAAACUUUAGAAACCGUUUUAACGGCAAAAGAGGCAAAGGAGGACCUGGUGCUCGAAUUCUUGGACAUGCUUGUGUCGGCCAACAUUCCAAUAGAAAAGACUGACCAUCCGAAAGUGCGCACGUUCUUGCAGAAGCGGGUUACAAAUGGGGGAUCAGUCCCUUUGGCUAAAAAUCUUCGGAACAGGCUUCCAGAACUUUUCGCUAAACAUCAGUCGGCACUAAAAGGCAUAUUCAGCGGUGCCACUGUAUCGGUCGUCAUCGACGAAACGACGGACAAUCGAGCGAAAUCCGUUGUGAAUGUACUGUUCGUUAAGGCGUCAUCAACUGGCGACUCUUUGCAACCAGUCCUUGUGGACGUGACGUUCACAAAUGAGGUGAACGCCGCAGUAAUCGGCCGGAUCGUCGUCAAGGCACUCAUGACGUAUGGUGUUGAGUUCGAAGACGUAACCGCGCUUGUCACCGACAGUGCGUCAUAUAUGAAGAAAGCAUUUCGCGAAUGCAUCCAACCACUGUGCUCCAACGCCGUCCACGUGACGUGUGUCGCGCAUGGUGUCAAUCUGAUCGGCGCGACUAUGUACAAAUCAUUUCCCCUCGUGGACAAGUACGUUGGGGAUAUGAAGAAGGCUUUUCGACUUUCGAGCGGAAAGCGCGCACUGUUCAAGGCUCAUCUGCAAGAAUGUGGUGUGGAAAACCCCAGGGCGCCACCAGCCCCUGUGAAAACCAGAUGGAAUUCAUGGAUUGAGGCUGUGGAGCUCCACUCUGAGUACUUUGAGCACUACCCCUCUCUUUUGGAAAAAGUACAAGAAAGGUAUGGAGAUGCUGCUGGAGUAGACAGUUUAGUUUCCAUGAUGCAAGAAAUAUACACAGAGCUUAAGUACACCACUCGGUGUAUUGCCAUUUUUGGCAAAAAGGUGGCCAGCCUGUUAAAGGCUGCAGAAGGUCAGGAAGUGGCUGCACACAAGGUGUACAAUGCCUUGUUUGCACUCUGGGGAUACCUUAAAGCAGCAUCUUUGGAAGAUUACGGCACCCUUAUGAGGCAAGAGGGUGUGCAAGAUGAUGAAGCUGCUUAUGUAGGAGAACAAAUAAGAAGCGGAAUGUGUCAGGCUGCCCGCAAAGCACAAGAGCUCUUGGAAAAAAGUGAAACCUGGAAAUUUUUCAAGAGUAUGAGGGCCCUAGACCCGCUGCAACUAAAGUCAAUGUCACAUGAACUUUGUGACUAUGAGAACAUCCCGGGUAUAGGAAGAGAUGCUGGAAACCUAGCAGCUGAGUGGUUGCUGUAUAUCAACACUGCAAAAGACUGCAAGUCUUCUGACCGUGACCUGGCCCCAUCUGUCUCGAAGCAAGUCGACCCACCGCCACAGCCAUUUGACAUCAUUGGCUUUUGGGAUGGCAUGAAAACACUGACGCCGGCACUGGCAUCAAUUGCAGUCAAGUACCUGUGUGUACCCAUAAACUCUGUUGAUGCAGGGAGAUCAUUCAGCAGAUAUAAGAUGAUUGUCAGUGAUAAACGUCAUUCUCUGUCAGAUGAGAAUACGAAGUACCAUCUCAUGCUUAGCCACAACAGCUUUUUAAUGCUGUAG